GUAGCUGGAUUAGUCACAGAGGGGAUAGUUUUCCUCUUUAUUUAAAACGAUUACAUUUAAAGGUGUUUCCUGUUUUGCCUUCAUAGCCCAUUGGUUCAGCUCUUUGUGUAUUUAUAGCCCUGUCACUUGUCAGCCCACCCUCUUUACGAAGCUGUUCUCCUGCCUUUCUAUUUUCCUACAACAUUUCAGCACUUCGUGCUUCAUGUCUCAUUCCUUGGUCACUUUGCCUCUUGGAUUGAAUGUUGGAUUGGAUUAUCUACCACAGUCUUUUUUUUCAACAAAUCUUCAUUUAACUUCAGCUUCCCAGGAUUGUCUGUGGCAGUUAAAUUCAGUGGACUAUGGACAGUGGACUAUAGUUUGUUUUCUGGUUGUCUGUGUUGGGCUUUCCUGUUUGUUACAAAGAUUAAUAAUGGAUCCUGGAUUGGAAGAGGAACAAACCAAAUUAAAAAGAAGAACAAAAUGUUGCAAAUCGCAGAUUAUUUUUUACAUGCUGUGCAUCAUCAAUUUCAUUGCGCCGGUUGAUGGAUUUUCCCUGAAGACUUGCAGAAUCAGCUACAGUACGGCCAUAUGUGUCGGAAGUAAACUCAGAGCUGUUCCUGAAGAUAUUCCCUCAACUGUGACAGGCCUCGAUUUAACUUCUAACAGAAUUUCAACAAUACAUGCAUCAGACUUCAAAGAUCUACUAAAUUUGACUAAGUUAGACCUUAAUAUCAACAACAUUUCACAGAUAGAAAGUGGUGCGUUUGCCAAUCUAAGUUCUCUUGAGACAUUAAAUCUAAAUAAUAACAAACUUGUUACACUGGGAGAAAAUGUUUUUGAUGGCUUGAGUUGCCUCAUUGAGCUAAGAAUUAAUCAAAAUCGCAUUAAACAAAUGGCAUCCACAUCUUUUAAGUCCAUGACAAGUUUAAAACUUCUGGACAUUUCUCAUAACAAACUGCACCACAUUACAAAAGUUCAAUUGAUAUUGCAACAUCUGCCACAUCUACGGGAGCUGGUAAUAAGCAACAAUGAUUUAACCACUUUUCAGUCAUUUGAACUGACAAACAAAUCAUUAGAACUUCAGUACCUUGAUUUGUCUAAAAAUCCCCUCGCAGUCUUCAGGAUCACUGCCGAUGUUUUUCCAAAUCUCACCUGGUUUAAAAUUGGGAGCCCAGCCAGAAAGAAACAGAUGAUAUGGGACGUGCAAAACAAGACAUUUCUUAGUCGUGUUACUACUCUUGACAUUAGUGAGCUUCAUUUGGGUCUUGGGGACAUGGAAAGGUUGUUAGAGUCAGUGAACUCAUCAUUAACUAUUCUGAGAAUGAAUGCAAUGACACAUAACCUGACCACACUGAUCAACAUUUCCUGCACCAUCCCAACAAUGAGGACUCUGCAGCUUCGAAGCAAUAAGCUCAGCUUUGUUAAUGCAUACUUGUUUAAGUUGUGUAUUAAUGUAACUGAGUUAGUUUUGACAGACAACAAAAUAAAAUACAUCCAUGAUGAUGCUUUCAGAUCCCUUAAAAACUUAAGGAUUUUAACGCUGAGUAAAAACAGGCUUCCACUGGUUCCAGCUGCAACAAGGAAUCUACCAACUCUUUCAGAGCUGGAUCUCAGCACCAAUAACAUCAGCACACUGGACUGCCAUGAUUUCACCAAUCAGACAAAGCUCAGAAAGCUUUAUCUUUAUCAGAAUUCAAUCACAGCUCUGAAACCAUGUCUUUUCAAGGAUUUAAAAGGAUUACAAACUCUAAAAUUACAGACAAACCAAAUAACUAAAUUGAACAGUGCUUUCAAAGAACAUUUGCCAAACCUCACACAGCUGCAUUUGAAUGGAAACAAACUCACUGCUAUCAAAAGGGAUGCAUUUAAAGGCUUGCACUCCCUCCAGAACCUGUCAUUACACCAAAACAAAAUAAAAGUACUUGAAAGUAAGAGUUUCAGUGGACUGACAAAUCUGACCCAAAUUAAUCUACAAAACAAUGAUAUUUCGCAAGAUGAACUAAACAAAGAUGUUUUCAGUCCUCUGAUCAAUUUAAGAAGACUUGAUUUGAGUGAAAAUCACAUCAAUUACAAGAAAAGUAGAAAUUUGUCGGAUCCUCCAUUUUCUCAGCUGUCCCAUCUAGAGGAACUGCUUGUUUUUUCACAACACCACAGGUUGCAUAGUUAUCUGCCUGGGAACUUUUUGCAAGGUUUGACCAGUCUUUUGAGUUUCAAAGCCAGGAAUAUCCGUAUUGCGUCUCUGGACAAAGACACCUUUGUUUACACGCCACAGCUGCAAUUACUUGAACUUUCUUCAAAUGAACUUAAAGAACUCCCUCCAGAUCUGUUUUUCCCAAUUCCAAACCUUAAAAGCCUUUAUAUAUCCAGGACAGCUCUUUACUCUCUAGAGUUCCUUAAAGAUGCCAGCCUCACAAAGCUGGAGUUUCUACAGGCAAGACAGAAUUUAUAUUCAGUUAUCCGCGAAGAAGAUAUAAAAUCCCUACCAGCUCUGACUUAUCUGGACCUUCAGGGCAAUGGAUUCACCUGCAACUGUGAUAACAGCUGGUUUCUCUCGUGGGCAAUAAAUAACAGCAAAACUCAGGUUUAUGAUGCAUAUAACUUUACGUGCAACUAUCCACAAGAAUUCAAAAGUAAGAAGCUGUUGGACUUGGACACCAGCUCCUGCUCAGAUAACACUGACUUUAUUUGUUUUCUCUGCACCACAUGUGCAAUCCUAUGCUUGAUGGUGGUGUCCUUCACUUACCAUUUUAUGGGGUUGCAGCUGGUCUAUGCCUAUUACCUGUUCAUAGCUUGGCUCUUUGAUAGAAAGCACAAAAACAAGAAAACUCAUCAUCAGUACGACGCCUUUAUCUCCUACAACACCCACGAUGAGCCUUGGGUCAUUGACAAGCUCUUACCAAAACUGGAAGGAGAACAGGGCUGGAGACUGUGCCUACACCAUCGAGACUUUGAACCAGGGAGACCCAUCAUAGAUAACAUUACAGAUGCUAUUUAUGGAAGCAGGAAGACCAUUUGUGUGAUCAGUCGCAAAUACCUCGAGAGUGAAUGGUGCUCCAGAGAGAUCCAGGCAGCCAGUUUCCGUCUGUUUGAUGAUCAGACAGACGUUCUAAUCCUGGUAUUCAUGGAGGAGAUUCCCAGCUAUCUGUUGUCUCCUUACCACCGCAUGAGAAAGAUGAUAAAGAGGAAAACCUACCUGAGCUGGCCGCGGGCUGGAGAGCACACCGAGCUGUUCUGGGAGAAACUUUGCCAGGCUCUGGAGACCAGAGAAGAUCCAGAAGGAAAGAUGUUACUUCUCACUGUGUCAACUGUGCCAUGAGGAAAUUAAAGCAAUUUUUUUUCCUAUUUUUUUUUCUCUUUUUUAAAGGUUAUAGAUUUAUUUUUUUAUUUUUUAAUUCCAUGAUAAUAGUUUACAGUGUUCUGAUGUUUCAUUAUUUUAAAAGUUUUGAGUGUUUCUCCAGCAAAUAUUUGAAGUUUUACUUACUUACAGAAAUGUUGGUUUUAAACAGAACCAGUGAAGCAAGAAAAGAUGAAACAAAUGUCUAUGAUAACUUCACUGCAAUUUCUUGUUAAUCAAAGUAUUACAGAGUCAGCAUUUUGGUCGAUUAAAAUGCUGCACAUAAUUCAUUCAAUCAUACAUCGUCUUUUUGCAUUACUGAAACAAAGAAGUUUUGCAAGAAGUAAGAGACAAUGAUUGUCAACUGAAUAUAACUUACAUAAUAAAUGACUGAGAAUCAUAAUGAAUAUAUAAGAAUAUCUUACUAUAUCUAUCGUAGAUAAAGGACACAUUAUAUGUAUAAUAAAUGCAAACAAAGCCUUUUAAACAAGUCUAAAGUAUAAUAUCUCUCUUGGUUUAAUUACUAAGCUUGUUUAGUCACUGCUGAUACAUAACAAUGGAAAAUCACAUUUCAUGCACUGUAAAAGUAAUUUCAGUUCUUUUCUAACUUUAUUUCAGCCUUCCUCAUUAAGAUGUCUGUUGUUCUUUGGCUUGUGUGAACUUUGCACCCUCUACUUAUGCCAGUGUUAUUAGACAGGUGGUUCACCCACAGGUUUGUUUAUUGAAGAGUUAGGUAGUUAAAGUUAAGAUAACCCAUAAAACCAUCCUGCAACAAAUGUACCAAGCUCAGAUACAUUGGAAUUAUCCAAUUAAACCACUAUUUCUCUAAUAGGUAACACAUUUUGUCCAUCUAUAAGUGCCUCCCCACAGUUACUAAGAAACAAAGUUUGUUAAAUUAAAAUCAUAUGGAUAGUAAGACACAAACUAGUGACUGACAAGAUACAGUCAUAAGAAAAGUGUUCACUGAGAUCAUAGAGUGAGGCAACUAAAAGGCUAUUUUCCCAUUGUCUAUGCAACAAAAGGCAUCACCCCUUGCUGGCCAUCAGAAAGAAAACAGGUUUAUAACUCUUCUACAGUGGCUCAAUUUUUCAGACUUCACAGUCUAUGUGAAUGAACUGAACUUAAACAUAUCCCUUCAUUUGUGAUCAUAUUCCUUCCAUUCUGAAUAUUUUGUUCUAUGAAUAAUUACAUUAAAUAACGAACAUCUUUAAUUUGUAUUCCAGUUAUACAACAGGAAAAAACAUUGAUGUUCUUUUUCCAAUGUUUAACACUAGGAUUUAAACCUUUUAAACAGAGAUGUAACCUUAUAAAUAUGGUAUUGUACAUAUUUAUCACUGUUUGCUAAUCACUGUCAGCUAAUUUCUUUUUAUUUAGGAUCCUUUUUUUCCCCGAUGUACAAUAAGGACAAAAAUUUGACAGCGUGUGGUUGUUUGUGGAGUCCAUACAGACAGACAUGUGUUUUUAUC